AAAUGUUAAGUUAAACAUGCAGUUUUGUUUGAUCUUCUUCUCAAGGAAAUAUUUUUUACUUCAUUGCAAUCAAACAAAUAUUAACUUGGUUCUCAGGUGCCAAUGUCCUAACUUAAUAUGUUAAUUUUUGUAACAGCUUUUUUACACGAAUUUUCAAGCACUGGCCAUUUUUAAAAGCUGUUUAAGGUUUUGGAUAACUUCAUACGUGCAUUAGUUGUUUUAGAAUCACUUCUAGAGAUUGAAUUCAAACGAAAUCCGUUCUCAAAAUCAGCGAGGAUGAAAAGGCGCACAGCAACGAUCACGUUCAUCAUCUUGUCAACCAUUUCUUUGGCAAAAGGUGUGUGCGUGACGUCACAAGAUGUGGCAAUGUUGUUCGACACUUCAACAAGUAUAACAGAGGAGGGAUUUUGGUCGAUGAAAAGCUUUGCAACUUUUAUGAUACAGCUGAUGGAAUUGGGAUCAACGAAAACUCGUGUGUGUCUCGUAAAGUUCCCAAUGAGACCAACACUGGUGUCUAGUUUCACCAAAUUUUCUUCCACGGAUGAUAUCGAGUCUGCUAUUGGCUCAAUUGUUUACGGAGAUGGAGACACGGACGUUGAAGAGGGUUUGAGGGUAGCAGCAGAUGAACUGUUUAGGGAGGAGAGUGGCACGAAGCUGGAAGAAUCCAAGAUCCUGAUUGUAUUUUCAGAUGGUGGUUUUGGAGGUUUCUACUUGGAUCCCAGGAUAAAUGCAACACACGUGAUCACAGUCGCAAGCGGUCCAGUAAUUCACAGAGAUCAGCUCGAGUCACUCGUUAGAGAUCCGAAAAAAGACUUCUUUACCAUUGCUGAUGAUUCGGCCAAAAGAGUGGUGCAGCGAAUAAAUGAGUUGACCCAAAAGGACUGCAACGAGGGAUGAUUGAGCCUCACUUUCCAAGGAAGAGGAGGAUUGUAGUUUUUAAUUAUUGAACAAAUUGCUGUAAAAGAUCUGAAUUGUAAAAAGGGUAGACGAGAG